AUGUCUUUCAUUACGAAUCUCUUUCACCGCGAGACGCCGCAGGAGGCGAUGCGAAAAUAUAAACGCGGUCUUGAUCGAACCAUUCGCGAAAUUGAUCGUGAGCGCAAUAAGCUGCAAACACAAGAACGUAAAAUUGUGAUGGAUAUGAAGCGCAUGGCUAAACAAGACCAAAUUGAUUCUGUUCGCAUCAUGGCUCGUGAUCUCGUACGUACACGUAAAUACCAACAGAAGAUGUAUCGCAUGCGUACACAGAUUCAAGGUGUAGCGCUGCGUAUUCAGACCAUGCAAUCUACUGGACAAAUGGCAACUGCGAUGAAAGGUGUGGCAAAGGCGAUGCGUAGUAUGAAUAACAAAAUGAAUAUCCCUGAAAUGCAACGUGUAAUGCGGGAAUUUGAAAAACAGAAUGAGAUGAUGGGAAUGAAAGAAGAAAUGAUGAAUGACGCUAUUGAUGAUGUUAUGGAUGACGAGGGAGAAGAAGAGGAUGAAACUGAACUUGAAAUUCAAAAGGUGAUGGAUGAAGUGGGACUCGAGUUUAAGAGUAAAGUAGGAGUCACAGACGCAUCACUUCCAUCAUAUCAACAACAACAAGGAGAAGAAGAAGAUGAUAAGGAAUUGGAUGCGCGAUUAGCGGCAUUAAAGGCAUCCAUGAAGUAG